GCGGGACUUCCGGUCAUCGGGGUUCGGUUGGCCGCGGAGGGAGAGCGCGCGAGAGAGAGAGAGACGGGAGAAUCCGUGAGGGAAGCGAUGGACAACAACGGCGUCGUGCAGGAGAUGGCGGCCUCCCUCGUCCGGGAAUACCUGAGCAGGAAGGGUUUAAAGAAGACAAUUGCAGCCAUGGACCAAGAAUUUCCACGCAGUGAGACCAGCAUCAACAACCGAAAUGAGCUGAAGAAAGUGUUACAUUUGGAAUCGCUGUAUAAGCAGAACAAGGAUCAGUUGAUGCCUUUCAGGACGAUGCUGGAGAUAAUCACGAAAUACUUCCUGGAGAGUUCUGAAAACGCAAAGAACUUGACGAGGGACAGCAUCCGAACCCCAGCCAUCUUAAACCAGCGAGGCAGCACGUCGCGUAUCGAUAACACCUUCAUAAACAUCUACGACCUGUGCGAUGAGGACAAAGGCGGAGGUUUAGCGGUGUCGGACCUGAAUAAAACAGAGAUUUGCAGAUUGCCUAAUGAUUCGUAUGGUGCGCCCUGUAUGUCUGUUUCUUCCUCCAAGACUCUGCAGAGUAUCCACAAGAAAAAGGAGCGAAUCUCCAGCAGCAACAGCAUCGGGGGCUGCCCUUCGGGAGGGGAACCCGGGCUCCUGCCCACCAGCCUCCUGCCACCAGGGAGCAGCGUGGAAUGUGGCAGAGUUGUCAUGUUCCCAGUGGAGAGCAGAGGCACAGAGUCGCACAAGAUCAAGUCCAGCCGGAUUGUACGCGGCAUGAUGACCGGGCCAGUCGCCACUUUGCAGGAGGAUUCUUCCAGGAAGCGCCUUAGCAAGAGGGCUUCGGGAUCCAGCCUCUUUCUACAACCAAACGACAGCGACUCCAGUUCUGGCUUAAAAUGCUACGCACGGCAGGCAGGCAGCAUGCUGGAAAACGCUGCCAGCCCAGAGUGGCUGAGCCCCAACCCGUCUGCGGACGGCAUGAUCCCAGCGGAGCCCACUCCCGUCCUGGAUUAUCCACAGAAGAAAACUCCCGCUUCAAUCCUGGGUGUCCGCAGCAGCCUGAAACCUCAAGACGCCAGAAUCUUCAGCGAUGCCCUGGAUGAUCCGGCGACGGACAAGAUGUCGGACAGGGAUCGGAGGGCAGCCCACAGUGGCCAGGAGAGGAAAACGCUAUCCAAUCUGAACUCCGGCCCGCAUGAGAAGAAUAAGAAAGUCAGCUUCGCUCCGGAAUCCACCAGCCUGGAGCGUAAAUCAAGAGAAAACAGCACCAGGAAGACUGAAGACUUGUACUCCAGGAAGCCCACACUCUGCUCAUCACCGGCAAAUCAACUGGAGGAAUGGCUGCAGAUAGCUGACAUUGACGAUGAAGAGUUGAGUGACGUUGGUGCAAUUCCAGACUUCUCUGUACGCAAACAUCACAUUGAUUCAAAGCCCAUAGACUUGACUCUUGCAACAGAUCUGAAAAAUCUCCUAUUCGGUUCCAGCCUUUGCUGCUUCACUGAAGAAUGGAAGAUGCAAAGCUUCACUUUUAACGAGCUACCAAACUUAAAAUACGGUCUGGUUCAAAAGAAGGGUGGUCCUUGCGGAGUUCUGGCUGUCAUCCAGGCCAGCGUUUUACAGUACCUUCUGUUUGAGGACGUAAACAACAGCAGCAUCGAAGCAAAACAACUACAGCCCACCAGCGCUCAACGCUCACAGAGCCUGGCCAUGGCUAUUGCAACCAUUUUAUGGCGGGCCGGCGAUAAGCGGAAAGCAGUGGUUGCUUUGUCAACGGGCAGACAGCAGUUUAUCCCCGUGGGAAGAUACAAAUCUGAUGGAUCGAUAGAAACACUUAUUCUCAAUACGGUGACAAACUAUGAAGAUCUCUCUACAUUUGUUCAACAAAACGUUGGCCAGUUUGAGGUUGGACCAUUUGGCUGCAUUCUUCUGACUCUGUCUGCCAUCUUGUCGAGAUCCAUCGAGCUGGUGAUAUCUGACUUUGACGUCCCUGCAAGUUCACUGAUUGGAGCACAUGGAUACUGCACACAGGAGCUAGUGAACUUGCUGUUGACUGGCAGGGCUGUUUCCAAUGUUUUCAAUGAUGUUGUAGACCUUGAUUCUGGCAACGGGAACAUCACCGUGCUCAAAGGAAUCACAGGGCGUAGCGACAUUGGAUUGCUUUCACUCUUUGAGCACUACAGCAUAUGCAAGGUGGGAUCCUACCUGAAAACUCCAAGGUUUCCGAUUUGGGUGGUCUGCAGUGAAAGUCACUUCAGUGUGUUGUUCAGCUUGAAGAAGGAGUUAAUGAACGACUGGAAAUUCGAGAGGAAAUUUGACAUGUACUACUAUGACGGCCUGGCGAACCAACAGGAUGAAAUCCGACUGACAAUAGAUGCGCCUCAGACGUGCGUGGUGACCAGGGAAGAUGAUUUGAUUCCGCCACUCGAAAACUGCAUCAGGACAAAGUGGAAGGGAGCAGUCAUAGACUGGAACGGAACAGAGCCAAUCCUGUAAACCACAUGGACUGCAUUGCAUGUACCUGUGAAAUCAAGCGUGGAACACGGCCAUGGGGCUAUUGGAUGCAUGAGUCAAUAAGCGAGCCUUCAUUUCGCUGUAGAUAAUAUCAGAACGGCUCGGAAUAACAGCUUGCAUCUGACGCACUCUCUACCCCCUCUUUCUUCCAAACGCCCCCGGAGGCUGGAAAGGGAAGGGGGCAGAAGGCCUCUUGUAUUGUCAGCCAUCGGGGUAAAAUGUACCCUCGCCAGCUCGCAGACACAUCUCUAACAUUACAGUCUCUCUCUCUCUCUCUCGCUCUGUACACGGGUGCUUUAAGCCAUCUGUUCCCAGGGAGCAGAGACUUCUUUUUCCACGGUUACAGGUGAGGGGAUGUUUUAUAGAUGAUGGUGGGGUGGACAAUGACUCCCCUUUCCCUGCGGUAAUAGCAGGAGGUGUUAAGGGAUGAUCUGGACAGGAUUUUUUUUGUUGGAAAACAGCAUUUUGAGAGGCUCACACUUGGGUCAAGUUUUUUUUUAAAAAAUCUUAUUUUUGAAACGUGCCGAGAUAGGAACUUGAACCGCGAUCAGUUAUUUGAUCGCAAGCAAUUACUUUUGCACCUCCGCCCCUUUCCCUCACUCUCCCUCCCUCCCCUAUCUAUCCCCACUCUGUGGAACUCACCCAAAUCCCUCUGCCUUGCCCGCUUUCUCUUCCUGCCUUCACACAUGUACCUCUUCGACCGUGCCUUUGGUCCACACUCAAACCCUUUCUCUCCUCCAUGCUCAAUGUCUUUGUACAGGGCGUGAAGACAUGUAUCUUAUGUGAAAGGCUCUGUAUUAAGUGCAAGCUGUUAGCGUUGAGCCAAUGUUGCUGUAUUGAAUGUGCCAUUGGCUUCGUCUCAAUGAACUGAAAGCAGCCGUUUCAUGUAGGUAUGAGCUUUUCAGUGGUUGUAAUGUCCCUCAAACGCCGCAGAAUAAUAGGGAUCUUGGGAUGUUCAUUCGCUUCCUGUGCCUUAGUAUUGUAGCAAACCCCAAACCUCCAAUAGCUUUGUGAAGGCAGACCCACCUGGGAGCUGUGUGGGCAAACCCGAGGUCCAAAAUACCUCACAGUAUUAGCCUUAAGACCAGUGUCAGAAUAUAAUCACAGGAUAGAGAAUAGAGAUCCGCUCAGUUAUAACAGGUGAGGUCCUUGGAAUAAGACCUUGUGUUAUGAUUGGAGUGUGUUAUAGAGCUGGUCAACACCCACAGGGGGUGUCAGGUUCGUCACUCAUGG